ACACACACAUGCACACAGAGUCCCCCCUCAGUUAUCUGUUUCUCCUCUGCUGUCGCUCUGACACACACACACACACACACACACACACACACACACACACACACACACACACACACUCACACUCACACAGAGGGAGGUAGAUAACUCUGUGAUUCCACUGCUGAAUUUUUAACGCUGUUGUGGAACUUUUUUUUUCCAGGCGGGUUACUGUGGCACCGGGGUACUGUUACACGGACAGAGGCAGACACAGAGACCGGGUUCAGCUCAGAUCUGUUGUUUGCAGAGGCUGCUCAGGAACAAAACCAGGCUAUUCAUGGAGUGUACGGUGAGUUUUGCACAUUAUUUUACACUGUUUUCUUUCUUUAACUUUUAGAGCCGCUUUUUUAAGAAUACAAAUGCAAAGUUUGUGAUCAUACAUCACUUUGUUUCACUCAUACAAAUCAAACCAGUCUUAACUUCUAGUUAUUUCAAAUGCAGAAACAUCAGUUUGAGGGUAAAUUUCUCAUAUAGAAGGUAGUGAAUGGUCAUUGUGCAUAUGCAGAUCUGUUUGGGGGUGUUUACAGUAAGAAGGCAUCCUAAAAAUUUAUAGGAUUUAAGUGGUUUCACAUGCAAAAACUUGCAGAAAGUAAACAUUGGCACAUGCAGUUUGUGACACCCUGAUAAAAAGUGGCUCUCAGGUGCAAAACUUAACACUGAAAUUAGACAACAAACCUUUUUAAGGCUUAUUUAAAUUGUAUAAAUAUAGUAAAAGCAGAAGUUUUAAUGCUCCAAACAGUCAUUUUCACUUUUAGCUGUUAUUCAAAAUAACUGUCAGUAACUUCCCCACGGUGUCCCCUUGUCGGUCUGACUUGUCUUCCUCAUCACCGUCAGUCAUUCUUGGCAUCUUUAGGGACUUAAAUUAUUUAUUGUAGGAGUUUUUUGUGAGUCUGUGCUCUCUUAUGCAUGCUAGGAGUCUUUGUGAGUCCAUUCAACGCGGGACUUUGUUUGUGCUGGCUCUGUAACAUAAUCAAUGUAAUCAGACCUUUUAAAGCAAUUGUAAAAACUGAUUGCAAUAUUGGGUAAUAAGAAUAAUAAUAAUAAGUGGACUAAAACAGGAAAAGUAAGUCAGGAGAGUUUCCUAAUAAAGUCAGAGUAAAGUGUGCUGAGUGUUUUAAUGAUGUAAAGAGGAUAAUCUUUCACAGGAAAUGUGCCUCCAAUGUAAAUAAUGGAAAAAAGAAUUCCUCUGGCUCGUUUAUUACCGCUCUGUCAUGUGUUUCAGACUAUUUUCCAUGACAGAUCUACAAAAGAAAUAAUUUUCACCUGCUAAGAAGUUUAAAGUUUCAUUUGUCUAAACCCUUUUUCCAAAUAUUUGGUCUGAUUUCAAGCAUGUGCCUUGUGUAGGCUGUUUUAUCUCAUUGGUUUUCUUCAACAAAGUAGAAAAACUAACAGUAAAUUUCACCAAUUACACUGGAUCAAAUUAUCCUGUCACACUGAUGUGUGUUUUUUUUUUAAUUUCUGGCACUGAUUAAAUCCUGAUUGAGCUACUAUGGAUCCUAAUAGACUGAGGUCUUUCUGUAUUUGUAUAUAAAAUGCUCAGUCACAAAAACAUAAUUUCAGGAUGUUUUAUCAAAAUAGCAGGACUAGACUUGGUUUUUAGACUUAAAAAAUCCAGAAAAGUUUGACCAGAUCAGAAUACAUCAUCUAUAAGUUAAACCCAGACGCUUGCUGGAGUUUACUCUGUCCCAGCCCUUAUCCACACAGAGACAUCAGACAGAGAGCAGAAACCGUAAGAAAUGAUACCUUUGUUUCACUUUGACACAAAACACACAUGCUCGAGCCAAGCAUUACGUAGGAUGAAGAAGAGCACAUACAUGGCAAAAACAGACUACAUCAGAAUGUAAACAACAAUGAUAGAUGCAUCUGUGAGGUUUUCCUUCAGGAUGUGACAUUCUUAAAACUAUAAUACCUGCAGGAUCAGAGCAGAGAGUCUGAGAACUCAAAAAACUCAAGAACAUCAGCGUUGCCUUAUCACAUCCACAUGACUGGUCUCAACAUGCCAACCUGAGGACAUCCCUCUAGACCUGGGUUCAACACCUGGGUAGUGAACCUCUUAGAUUUAGUUUCACUCACAGUGCCGUGGUGAUUCAAAAGAGAUCUUUUGUGGCCCAUGACUUCAGUCUAAGUAUCUGCACCUGUAUGCUUAGCUCUAAUAUAGUAGAUCAAACUCUGAGUACUGUGAUAAUGAUUUAAUCUCAUUAACCUCAAAGUGCAUGUUGGUUUUGACUUGUCAAGAGAGUGGUUCAAGGCACAGUGGUGGUGUUUUCCUCCAUAACACUGGCAGCAAAAGCAGAGGUUUUUUGAAAGAGACAAAUGAGACAUGCAAUACAAAAUAAUUAACUUCAAUUUUGGACUCAAAUCCUGAUUAACACGUCCAAGCCAAUAGACCCUUUUGGGGGCUGAUGUCAUGAUGAUGUCUUGGUAUGAGCUGGAGGCAAAAAGAAGUACAAACUAGACGUGAACACAUUUCGCCUCUGGGGUAGAAGGUGAAAUUGGAGUCUCAAAAUGUCGUCUUAUAAUGUUGUUAUUUCCAGAAUAGAAGGGGUUAAUCAUCAUUUCUCAAAACUGUAAUUCCUCUGUAUACGUGCUGCUCUAGCCAGUCAACAAAAACUUAGACAACAAGGACUUGACUUGAGGUGAUUGGCAACAAAACUUGUGUUAAUGUAUUAUGCAUGAACUGUUUUUGCCUCCAGCUAAGCUCCACCCACCAAAAAACAUCAUACUGUUCACUGACACAGAAAGAGUCCACGACCUUAAUGAUUUGUAGCACUGCUUUCAAAAUCCAAAGGCCAACAUUUCCAGCUAAUCACCAUCAAUAUGGAGGAAAACAGGGUCCAAAUCUGAUCAGCGAGGACAUAGCAGAGGGAGUGAAGUUGGCAAAGGCUGGAGUAUGAAGUGUCAGGUUUAGGUUUAACGCCAAAAGAGGACCUGGACCCAGACGAGAGGAGGGAUUUAUUGCAACAUGCUGUUUUAGGAAUCAAAGGCUUGUAUAGCAGCUUUGUCUGAAUAUAUCAGCUGUCAGAAUAAAUGAGUCGGCAGUGAAAGAUGGAGGGGAGAGACCAAGAGUUUAAACACAAGGGGAUCUGAUGAAACAAAGGCACACAAUCAGAAAUACACAAAAAUAUACACAAAGCAAAGCUUAGUGUCAUCUUUCAUACUCGGAAACUUUUGUUCAACUUUUAAAGUUUUUCAUUCCAAGUGAACCAGACAUUGAUCUUCACCUUUCUCUUUUAGACUCAUCUUGUCCUGAUGCUGUUACCGUAACAUGACUCUCAACACCCAGAGAGAGAAGGAGCCCUUGCGGCGGCGAGGCAGCACACCAAUCCCUCCCACCCACUUCUACCGGCACCCGUCCUGGCCCCGAGACCCCCAUCUUCCUGUCAGCUCCAAGCAGGACCCUGACCAGCCUCACCCUCAGCGCAGUCACCCUCGUCUGGGACAGUCUGCGUCCUACCAUCCAGGAGACAAAUCCCUCCACUACCUGGCAGAGUGGAGUUCAGACUCAGAGGAUGACUCGCAGAGCGACUCAGACUGUGUUUACAGGGUGGUGUUAUUAGGAGACCACGGGGUUGGGAAGACAAGUCUGGCGGGGAUAUUUGCCGGGAUCACAGAGAAAGAUGAACAGCCUGGAGGUGGGGCGUCACCUUUGGUGGUCUGAUUCACUUUUUUUUUUUUUACCUUGAACUGUGACACUUUUGACAACUGCAGAAUUAGCAGCCUCAAAUACUUAAAGUUUGUCAAUCUGUUUUGUUUUUUUUUAGAAGAAAAAAAAACUUGAUUUAGUGCAUGAAAGGGAAAGGUUGCUUACAUAAAAAGAAAAGAGUAAAUUUUAAAGGCAGCUUCCACAUAUAAAAUGUAGGUAUCUAUGAUAAAAAAAAGCAUGUAUUGAGAGCAAAAACACAUGUAAACUUAAGGCAGGAAUCAAAGAAUCGUUUAUCCAUUUCUAUAAAAUGACAUCUGUGUGAAAAUUUGGCUGUGUGUGAAAGAAUUAGACAAUCAGCUUUAAGAUCUGUCAACUUCCUGCCAAGCAUCAUAAAUAAUCAGUUCAACCUCCAUCCAACAACAACAACAAACCAGCAUUUAGGAAAAAGGUCAUCUGGACAGAAUUUGCAUCUUUAGAUUUUGCGAAAUCUGCAUCAUAAAGUUGUUGCUUCUGCAAUCUUAUGUCUGCAAUCAGUGUUUGCCCCACUGUGAGUGAACAAUGUGGAAUUAGUUUCCUAUGUGUUUCUAAUGUUGGCACCACCAGCAUUCAGUCCACUUUAUAGCCACCUACCCCAUCCUGGUUAUCUUGUUCAGUGGUUAUACGCCAGUUCAAACAGACACAGCUUAUGUGUAGAUGUAUUGCGAUUUUCCUGAUCCUCUAGUCGCACUAUAAAACUGGUAAUCAGCACUUGGCUACGAGAUGAUGUCUGACAUCCGUGCUUUUUUGUAUCCAGAUAGUAGAGGGUUACAGCAGUAUGACAGUACGCUUUGACUGGAGCUACAGUGAACUCUACUUUACUAUAAACUCAUAAAACAUAAGACUGAGAGGAGAGUUAAUUUAAAAAAAAUCUUAAACCUGUCUUUUGAAUAUCAAAUGUUUCAUGAUAAUGCCAACUAUUUUCCACCAAAACAUCAAAUCAUCAGUCAUCUGUUUCCGAGAUCUUCUGCAGCUUUUUUCUAUUUUUGAUUAGUUUUUAGAAGUCAACAUCUUGUAGCCAAUGACAGAGUCACCAAAGAAACUCUCACAUCAGGUUGUUUUUCUGCCGUGUUUUAUCCUUGAGCGGCCGUUUUCUUCCUCCUACUCAGCAGAUCAGUGCUCAGUUUCUAUCUCUGACUUUGCUGUGACAUUACAACCUUCACUGCCCUGACACCAUCGAUCAGCUCCAGGAUCACAUGCUGAUUGGCCGGAGGCCAUGAUUGACAGCCUGCAUUGAUCUGUGAUAGUCUGAACAUAGUGUGAGGGAGCACAACUUCCAGCCGUUGGCUUUAAGGUUAACUGAGCUCCAUGUUCGGACUGCUCUGGAUGCUUUAACAUGUUUCUGAUCCUGCAGUUGAUGAUUUAUGUGCAAAGUCCUGCUACAGUUUAAGCACUGCUGUUUUUGUCUCUUCAUGAUUAAAGAAAUUAAAGACAGCUUGAGCAUUAAAGCAUGUUAAAAUAAAAGACAUCAGCCACAUUUAGUCUGCAUCUAAUAAAUCAGAUCAGGGAAUUCAUGAUUUGCUGUGCAGGAAUGUUUUAUGUUUGAUAUUAAAUCAGUUCAGUCCAUUAUUUUAUUGGGUAAGCAUCCUUUAACUUUUAUAGUCCUCAUCUGUACAUCAUUAUAACACUGCCAAAUUCCUAAUGUAAGUCACACAUGUCUGUUUAUAGCAAGCAGUCACUGCGUGUAGGCUUUGAUUGUGUUCAGCAAUGAGCAGUUUUUAUGCAGAUGUGUAGCUCUUUCUCAUACCACCAUCACCCUGCUCUCUACAUAUAAGGAGUCUGAGGAAUUAUCAGAGGAUUGUAAAAGCCGAGAAGAAUAAAUACUUCUCAGAAUUAAUUGCUUUUAACUGUAACAACCCCAGAGCUCUGUUCAAAACCAUAAACACUGUCCUUGAGGCUCCCAAGUCUCUUGGUUUUGAUUCCUCCACUGAAAUCUGUGAAAAAUUCCUCCACUUCUUCACUGAUAAAAUUAUGUCAACCAGAGCCUGUAUCUCUCAACCUUCAUAUGACCCUUCUGCCCCUCUGCACCCCACAUCUGUCUUUGCCAAAUUUGAGUCUGUGUCCCUCUCUAUUUUAAAGGACAUAGUCGGCCAUAUGAAGCCUUCUGGUUCCCCUGCUGAUGCCAUCCCCCCUCGCUUGUUUAAAGAGGUACUUGCUACUAUUGGACCAAGUGUCCUUAAUAUUGUUAACAGUAGCCUCUCCUCUGGUACAGUACCUAAGGAUUUUAAACAUGCUGUAGUACGGCCUCUACUUAAAAAAACCGGCCUUGACCCAUCCCUCUGUGCCAGUUUCAGACCCAUCUCAAAUCUUCCAUACCUGUCCAAGAUUUUAGAGAAGGUGGUCUACAAUCAAUUGUUACCAUUUUUGGAAGAUAAUGGUAUCACAGAGUUGUUCCAGUCUGGUUUUAAAGCUCUCCACAGCACAGAGUCAGCACUUUUAAAGGUUUCAAACGAUAUUCUAAUGACAACAGACUCUGGAAAGUUUGUUGUCCUUGUGCUCUUAGAUCUGUCUGCUGCAUUUGACACUGUUGACCACAGCAUUUUAAUCUCUCGCCUGGAGCACUGUGUGGGCAUUAAGGGUGUUGCCCUGGACUGGUUCCGGUCUUAUUUAAGGGACAGAAGUUUCUGCGUUAAACUUGACAACUCUGUGUCGUCAACAGCUCCCCUCCCACAUGGGGUCCCCCAAGGCUCAAUCCUUGGCCCUCUUUUAUUUGCCUUUUAUUUACUCCCCCUUGGUUCUGUUUUUAGGAAACAUGGCAUCUCCUUUCAUUUUUACGCUGAUGAUUGUCAGAUCUAUUUUCCACUUGCACAGAACAACUCCAACUCAGUCCAGCAACUCACCGACUGUCUUAAGGACAUUAAAGCCUGGCUUUCUUUUAACUUUCUCAGUCUAAAUGAGAACAAGACCGAGGUAAUGAUGUUUGGACCAAGUGGAGGCCACCCCCCCAACAUCAACCUAGGCUCCCUCUCACCCUACCUCAAAGAGGUCGUCACUAACCUGGGAGUUAAGUUUGACCCUGAUUUUAAAUUUGAGGAACAGAUCAGCGGGGUGGUACAAAAAAGUUUUUAUCAGCUACGUCAAAUAGCCAAGGUGAAGCCUAUUUUAUCAAGACCUGACCUGGAAAAAUUAAUCCAUGCUUUUAUAACUACCCGUCUUGACUACUGUAACUCUCUGUAUGUAGGGAUUAGCCAGGCUUCCCUUGCCCGCCUGCAGCUUGUGCAGAACUCUGCUGCACGUCUCCUCACCCAGACCCGCAGGCGUGAGCACAUCACCCCCAUCCUGGCAUCCUUACACUGGCUCCCUGUACAGUACAGAAUUCAUUUUAAGCUUUUAAUAUUUGUUUUUAAAAGCCUGAACAAUCUUGCUCCACCUUACAUUUCUGAAAUGCUCCAGCCUUACUGCCCACCCCGACCCUUAAGAUCAGCCGAUCAGCUGCUAGUGACGGUCCCAUAUACAAGGCUGAAGCUCAGAGGGGACAGAGCGUUUGCUGCUGCUGCCCCGAAGCUCUGGAACGAGUUGCCCUUGAAUAUUAGACAGGCCUCCUCAUUUCCUGUUUUUAAAUCCCUUUUAAAAACACACUUUUACUCCUUGGCUUUUGAUACUUUUUAGUGUUACUUUGUUUUUUAUCAUUUUAGCACCUGCCGUGAGCCUGCUUAUUUAUUUUACUUAUUUAUCCCCUUGCAUUAAUGUAUUUCUGCUCACUUUAUCUUGCUCUUUGUGUUAUUUGUUUUAUGUAUCAUUGUACAGCACUUUGACUACCCUUGUGGUUAUUUUAAAAUGUGCUAUAGAAAUAAAGUUGAUUGAUUGAUUGAUUGAAGGCAGCUGAACUGGCCCGUGGUGGCAUUGAUAGCUGUGCAGUUCUGGCCGACCCAUAAGUCAUUACCAGUUUACUGAGACUCUUGCCAGUCUGCAUCACUUUUGAACAAGCAGACUCAGCAUGUAAACUUGUCAUUGUGAGCCUGUUUGCACACCAAGAUAACCACUUUGCAGAGCACCUCAGUUCAGCCCCUCACUUCUGGGUUUAGAUUUUACUUGGUUCAUUGUUUUUGUUUUUUUUUGUUUCUGUCGCAGUGGAAACCUACGAGCGGAAACUGACGGUCGAUGGAGAGGAAACAACACUCAUCGUAAUGGACAACUGGGAGCAUGACAAACUGGUACAAAGUAUUAGUAAAAUACACAGCUGCAGGCAUUACAUGUUGGUUUUAAAACUGGGUUUUGAGGGCACCUGGGGCUGCUGGUUUCAGACCUGUGGGGGGGAGUUUGGCUGCUGUUGUUCUGGAUAGAUUAAAUCGUUGAAGUAAAAAGUUUCUCUCUGUGUUCGUGUGUCUCUAUCUGUCAGGAGGGGGAGGACAGCUCCUCUCAGGACGACUGUCUGAAGGUUGGGAGCGCCUACGUCAUUGUUUACUCUGUCACCGAUAGAUCCAGCUUUGAUUCGGCUGCAGAGCUUCGAAUUACUCUGCGACGAGCCCGCCAGGCUGAAAACCUUCCCAUCAUCCUCGUAGGCAACAAGAGCGACCUGGUCCGGUCCAGGGAAGUUGCUGUUGAGGGUAAAGAUUCAACAUUUUCAUGGACAGACAAAGAAUUCCUGAUGAUUGUUGGGAAUAUGAAACAAUUGUCCGCUCACCUUUUUUUUUUUCCCAGAGGGCCGAGCGUGCGCAGUGGUGUUUGACUGUAAGUUCAUCGAGACUUCGGCGUCUCUGCAGCACAACGUCUCGGAGCUUUUCGAGGGCGUGGUCCGGCAGAUCCGCCUCCGUCGAGACAGCAGCGAGGCCAUCCAACGCAGACACUCCAUCUACAAACGCAAAGAGAGCCUUACCCAGAAGGCUCGCCGCUUCCUGGAUCGACUUGUUGCUCGGAAUAACCAGCGCAUGGCAGCUAAAGCGCGAUCAAAGAGCUGCCACGACCUGGCUGUCCUCUGAGGAUGAGAGUCCACCAUGGUCACCAGAUGGGACCCCCUUUGACUUGAUCUCCUGAAGGAUGGCAUCUGGAGUUAUUCUCAUGCUAAUGGAUUGGAUGACGGCGUGGGACAGUUACCCUCUGAUGAGUUUUAAUAACUCCUUUAUCCAGUCUACAAACCUCUGCGACUUUCUCUCCAGAUAAAAAACAAACAAAAAAAAACUUGAAAGACUCGCCCCCGUACAGUUUAAGAUGGCCGUGUGCUCAGUGUGUGGGCAUGUGAGGGCACAUGACAGUUUGGGAUGUUGUGUGGUUUCAGCUGAGGUUUCUAUUGUUUAAAGUUCAACAUUGUAAAAAAUAAAGUCUUAAAGGAACAAUA